AUGAACGGCGGCAGCGGUCCCAAGCGGAUGUUGCGCAUCGAAGAGGGUCAACACUACUUCCUCGAACCCAACGACGAGCUGCCGUACAAGUUACUUCGCAACCUGGGGCAAGGAGGAUUCGCCAACGUGGAAGAGGUCGAGGACCGACAUACUGGCCUCGUCUUGGCCUGCAAGGUCUUCAAAUUUGGCGGUUCUUCAGUUGAGAGGCAACGCCUUUUUGACAACGAGGUCAGGGUCAUCCGCCGGUUAGCUCCGCAUCACCACAUCACUCGGAUCUUUGCGACACACGUAGGGAGGCGUCAAAUAGGUAUCUUACUGACACCAGUUGCCGAUCGCGGCUCGCUGGAAUCAUUCCUCCAGGAUGCUCAUGACGGUCUUUUUACCGGGACUGAGUUGAAUAUCUUGUACAACUCGUUUGGGUGUCUUGCUAGCGGCUUGCAGUUCAUGCACGCUCAAAGAGUACGACACAAGGACAUUAAGCCAUCGAACAUCCUAGUACAUGGAGAGUCUGUAAUCUACACGGACUUUGGCUCGUCCUUGGACUACAGCGCAGCUACGCGCAGCAUUACGACAGGCCGCCCUACCUCCAUAACCCGCAAGAUUCUCCACGCUCAUGCGGAGGACAAGUCCUAG